AUGGUGCUGAAUUAUCACAUUCAAAUUAAUAUUUACGGAGAUUCUCUCAUUAAGAUUGUCCACGAAAACAUAAGUUUGGAAAACAUUUUGAAAAAAAAUGGGAUAAAUGAAUUUGUCAUUGUUGAAAUACCUCAUCAACCCAUUGCGCCAUCGGUUCAAGAAAAAGUACGGAUAGUAACGAAUUUUGAAAGGGAACAAGUCAACAAAAAAGAAGAGGAAGAAGAGCCAGUGGAAGAGUACAUUUUUCAAGAUCCAGGCAGUGUGGCUAAUUGGUACUGUUCAACCCCAUUACACGCUAACAGCGAACCGCCUGUUUUGGAAAAAACGGACUAUCUACUUGAAGAAUCUAGCAGCCAGCAUAGCUCGAGCAAUGAAGUCCAUUCCGCUGUUUUGGGAACAGUGGAUAAUAUGAUUUCGUUUGUCGAGUCCUGCGCGGAACCGACCGAAGAGUUGCUAGACGAAUGCUCGCUUUUUUCUGGUAGUGCAAGUUGUCCCAAUGUUAUUAGCAAGCCCAAUGAAACAGAGCCCUGUCACAAAGAGGUGUUUGCCACGAAGAUUGAAAAAUCAAGUAAUGUUAAAUGCGGAGUCAUUGUGGAUAUGGAUAAUUCCUUCCAGUCGUGUACCUCAGCACUCGUUGGCUAUAAGGAAAAAAAUAUGGAGCCGAACAACCAAACCACUGAUUCCAGUAUGCUUCGGGACAUGCGUGACGCUAUGGAUUUAGGAAACACAACAGAGUCACCAAAUGAAAGCUUGCAGACAUUAGAGUCUUCCUUUUCUGAGAAUGAAUCUCGAGGUCAUCCCGUACAAAAUUUCACAUGUCAAUACUCUGAUUGUCAAAGGAAAUUGAGAGUCAGCUGGAAGAAAGGAUAUGCUGGACUGAGAGAACAUGUUCGUCAACACACCAACGAAUUAAUAAGAUCAUGUAUGCAUUGCCAGUAUGGCUUCCGCACAUUGUAUCAAUUACGGAAACAUCAUCAAGCUUAUCACAGCGAUAUUCGAUUCCGUAUACCUAAAACUACUCAUGACGACAACGUAAUAAUUCACAAGCUUUUAGCUGUCUGUUUCCCCUCAAUCUUCACGAACAAUCCCGGGCCCGUUACUACCUUGCCGGGUUAUGUUCUUACACCCAGUGGCAGGAUGAGAAAAGUGGAUGGCAGGAGAAAAUGA